AUGGAUGGUGAACAUCACUGGUAUGACGACGAACGACUAUACCACUCACGAGACAGCGAUGAAAGUCCCAUCUUGUCCCACAGAUAUGACAAAACCCGCCGUAUAUCCCCAUACUCCUCGCCGAAGAUCGAGGAUCGGGAGAGACGGUCCACCCUGACACUGCUGGCCAAGUUCUUUCUCUUCUGCACAGCGAUGAUACUCUUCUGUGUCCUUCUGUAUAUACCUGUAUAUAUUAAGGCCAAUGAUCAAAUUUCUAAAGCUACAGUCGCGGGCUGGUCGAUGCACACAAACCGUGACACGAAGGUGUACAUACAACCGAACAACGUGACCACAAUACACGCCCCCACACACAUAUGCACGAAGAAACAAAAAGAUAAAUUAUUUCUACUCAUAGUGGUCUGCUCAGCCACCGUCCACUUUGACAGGAGGCAAACUAUAAGAGAAACCUGGGGGAAUUACUCCACGUAUAGAGAAAUGACCAAGUUGUAUAAAGCAGUUAAGCAAAAAUACGCGAACUACAAUUAUAGUUACGACCUUUAUACGGAGACGUAUGUCAAUAGGGCAUACUCUAGAGUUAAACGGUACAUAUCUAGCUUUAAUCAGCUCCUGCCAGGACUGGCUAAAGCGUUACAAGACAACCUGGUUAAUGAGAAGACUGACGAACAAGUACCUGAAGAGAAAAGGUUCGAAGAUGACGUAAUGUUGCCAGAAUUUGAUAUGAAUGAACAAUUAGGCGAUCAAACUGAAGCUACGUAUGAUUAUUACGACACAAAUGUUAUGAGAAUCCCUCCUAGAGGUUACGAAAAAUCGCCUGAUUUAGAAAAAGUAUUGACAUUAUUAAAAUUAAAUAAGAAUUUUCGGAAAAUGAAAGAGGAGAAUGCUGAUUUUGGCAACACCGAUGUGGAUUAUAAGGUUGUGUUUUUGUUGGGGUUGCCAGCUAAUGAUAAUGAUUCGUUAAUCCAGAAUAAGAUUGAAGAGGAGGUGCAGAAGUAUGGAGAUAUCAUACAGGAGAGGUUCAUAGACUCUUACAGUAACUUGACGCUGAAAUCUAUAAUGCUGCUGAAGUGGAUCACCAGUAACUGUAAUAAUAGUGUUCGCUAUAUAUUGAAGUCAGAUGAUGACAUGUACAUCAACGUGCCGAAUCUUAUGGAUAUUUUGAAAAAUAAAUCGCAGGAGUUUGACGCAAAGUAUAAGAUUCAGAAUUCCAAGGAAUACCUACUCACGGGACACCUAAUACGUGGAGCUCGACCUAUUCUAGAUUCUAGUAAUAAAUGGUACAGUCCUAAGUACAUGUACGCUGGUAGGGUGUACCCCAAGUACCUGUCUGGUACGGCAUACGCGUUUUCAUAUGACGCUGCCAACGCCCUCUACCGAGCUGCACUCAGGACUAGUUAUUUCCAUCUUGAAGACAUCUUUAUUACUGGUAUGUGCGCCGCCCGCGCACGUCCGCGCCUGAUCCCCAGCAACGACUCCAGCUUCUCGUACCAGGCGGGCAGUGAUUGGGUGAACUGUAACUGUCAUGCGUACGCGCACGCCACGGAACAUCGCAUCCCGUUGGAGAACUUGCGCAAAUUGCAUCAACAGCUGCAGAAACCUGAUCUACUUGAUACAUGCGAACGAAUUCGACUGACUCAGAUUAAGGAAAGUCAACGUAACCGUUCUAUGAUAUAUAAGUUUUUAAACAAACUAACAAAAAAACCUCCUCUCGAAUGUUGGAAAAAUGAAACUCCUGAAAGUUGA